AGUCCAACUGGUUUGGAAUUUUGUAGGGCGAUGAGGCCUGGUGACUCUACUGUUAACAGUCAGCUGAUUGAAGUAACCGAUUACACAUUUCAUCAAGUGGUGCUUUCUCCCACCCUGCUCUUUAAGUUGAACAGAAACGCUAAUCAAGGUUGGCAAACUACUGCUGUUGUUUUCGGAAGGAAGGAAAAUGCAAAAGUCAAUGUAACCUAUCACUAUUAUGGCGUGGAUGGUCUGAAUGGAAGGGUUGCUUGUGGUUUUGAAGGGAUUGGGUGGAGGAACUUUUGUUCACAGAAUAAUCUUUGUCCGGGUUACAAACUUAAAUUCACCAACAACGCCGACUUGACAUUCACAGUAGAUGUGUUUGGACCUAAUGGAAAUAUUGUUGAUGUUCAUAAGGAAGUGUUCACUGACAAUAAGGAGAUGAACUUCUGGCCAUCUUCUUCGGAUGAUGAUGAGCCAAAAUCCCACAAGUGUAGGCAUGCUCAUCCUGCUCACUCCAAACGUGUUUCACACUUCUUCCAGACAAUCCGCCAUCACACUGUUGCAAGGAAUGAAAUGACUGUCCCAAAGUUCUUUGUCCGAAAGCAUAAGCUGUUCAACUAUGGUAAUGGGAUUCUUCACUUUGGUCAACUUAAUUUCCCAUUCCAUUUGGCUCCAAGGCUGGAUGCAAGGAGGCCAAGAGAUCUUACUCACCAAGUUAUGAUCAUGGACUGGACGUACUUCAUGGGACAUACAAGAGUGGAGGAAGAUGAGAAAUCGAGGUUUCAGUUCAAUCCGGAUGACAACCACGAAGAUGGAACACUUCACUUGGAUGUGUGUUAAGUCUAAAAUGUCAGCAUCAUGGAAGGUACUCUUUGGACAAUUUAUGUAUGUAUAAAUGGUAUCUGGAUUAUUUAACUUUAGGAACUUGGAUGUAGCAGAGGUAUGG